AUGUCCUCCUUAGAUAAUUAUUAUUCUGAAAUCUUGAAUAAUAUUAUUGUUUAUCUGUAUCGUUAUGGUAAUUUAACCAUUUAUAUUAUCGGUAAUAUUGGAAACUUAUUAAGUAUUUUUAUUUUUUGUAAAAAAUCAUGGAGAAAAAAUGUUUGUGUAUUUUAUUUUCUUAUAUUUCUUCUUCUCAGUUCUGCCUAUCUGAAUUCAACUAUUCUUGGAACUGCACUUAUUAAUGGUUUUCAAAUUUAUGCACAAAAUUCAAGUGUCAUAUUAUGUAAACUUCUUCAUUAUACAGCAGUUCUUUUCUCUACACUUUUACCAACAAUUCUUAUUCUUGCAUCUAUUGAUCGUUUAUUAAUAUCAUCACAAAAUGUUGAUACACGUUUAUAUAGUUCAAAACGUUUAGCUUAUUUUUCAAUAAGUUUAAGUACAUUUUUUUGGAUUAUUUUUAAUUUUCAAUUUGUUACAUAUUCUUUAAUGAUAUUUAAUUGUUUUUUUUGUUUAUUCAUGAUUAUCUUAUCUAUAUUUGCUUAUAAAAAUGUUCGUCAUAUUCGAUGUAUUUCACGUAAUCGACAAUAUCAAAUACGAACAAUGACAAAAAAAGAUUUUCAAUUACUUCGUUGUUUAUUUAUUCAAGAUAUUGUUUAUAUUUUUGUAAGUCUAAUACCAGCUCUCUAUUCUGUUUAUACAACAUCAACAAAAGAUCAAAUACGAACACCAUUAGAAGAAUCAAUUGUUUAUUUCUUACAGAGUUUAUUUACUUUUAUUUAUUUUACUUUUUAUGGUAGCAGUUUUUUCAUAUUUUUUAUUGUAUCCAAAGCUUUUCGACAUGGAUUGAAAAGAUUUAUUUUCAAGAUUAUUGGUAAAGAACUUAUGACAUUACGAGAAGAAGAUAAUAGACAAGAAAAUAAUGAAAAUUUAAAUAUUCCUGUUGUUAGUAAAAUUAUUCUAUCACGUUGA